AAGACUAACAGCUGGCCCCAAUUAAUAGAGCACAGAGAAAGGAGAAUUGGGAGUCAGAAGGUCAUAAGUUUCUGAUUUUGCAGUGGGUGACACUCAGCUAUGAAGAGAUACUAAGUGUUGCUUUGGGGCUGGAUUAGUGGCCCUUUGUUGACUUUGGAGAUAUAUUUGGGUGACUUAACCUACAAGAAGGAGGUCAGUGCACCAAAACAGAUUACGAACAUCAAUCCUCGUCUUCUAUACUUCAGUGCUAGUUUUGUGAGGAGAGUCAUGGAGGAACACAAACCCACUAGCCCCACAUUAGGAGCAGGGAUGGAAGGGACAGGAGAAACCGCCCAUGUCCUCCCGGUAGAACCUGCGGAGGUAGCUGUAAGUCCAUCCACUGAAGGCCAGGCUGUGUCCAAUGCUGAGCAGAGGCAGCUGUGGACAGUGAUCAAACGGGAAAUCAAGGAGGAAAAUGAUGACUGGGAAGAAAUCAAGCAUGACCAACUCCUUGUUAAAAUCAAGCAGGAAGGUGACCAUGAGGAAAGGGAACACAGGCAACUCUGUGCAGAAAUCAAGCAGGAAGAUGACGACGAGGAAAUCGAGCAUGGGCAGCUAUGUAUGGAAAUCAAGCAGGAAGGUGAGGAGGAAGAAAGCAAGCAUGGCCAACUCUAUGUAGUAAUCAAGCAGGAAGAAGAUGACAAGGAGGAAAUCAAGCAGGAAGGUGAGGAGGAGGAAAGCAAGCAUGGCCAACAAUAUGUGGAAAUCAAACAGGAAGAAGAUGAAGAGGAGGAAACUGAGCAUGGUCAACUCUGCAUAGUAAUCAAGCAGGAAGCAGAUGAUGUGCAGGAAUGGGAGAAUAGGGGAGAAUGGUAUGGGACCUCACCAGAAAGAAUGGAGGUUGAAGAGGCAGAAGACAACUUAUGCAAUCAAGGUGGGCCAAGGAAGCAAGAGGAAAGUCACACAGAGCAGAGGAGGGAUCAAUCUGUAAGUUGUCUGGGUGGAAUAGCCCUUGAACAAGAGCCACCGGAAAAGAAAGAUGAGGAGUGUCCUGCUCGUGUGAGAAUCUCUGCAAAGGGAAAGCCAACUCAAGGGUCAAAAUCUAGGGAAAGCAACUGGCAAACUGGAAACACUGCUCAAUGUUCAAAACCGCAGAUGGAAAGAAAACGGCAUGUAUGCUUGGAGUGUGGAAGGAGUUUUGACUGGAAAUCAAACCUGAAAAUCCAUGAAAGAAUUCAUUCAGGAGAGAGGCCACAUAAAUGCCUGGUCUGCGGAAAGACUUUUAAGUUACCAUCACACCUUGCUGUACAUCAGAGAACUCACGGUGAAAAAGAAAAAUAUACAUGCUUAGAUUGUGGAAGGAGUUUCAGCUGGACGACGAGUCUGAAACUACAUCAAAGAAUGCAUACAGGGGACACACCCUAUCAAUGCAAAGAAUGUGGAAGGAGCUUCACUUGCAGCUCAAAGCUGACAAUACAUGGAAGAGUCCACACGGGGGAGAGGCCCCAUAAAUGCCUAGUUUGUAAAAAGAGUUAUAAGGAAGCAUCAAGCCUCAUUAAACAUCAAAGAACUCACAAGGAAAAAGAACAAUAUAAACGGUUAAUAUGUGAGAAAACAGCAGGAAGUCAGGUAGGAGUUGAAGCACAUGAAAUGAGCCAUACAGUGGAUAGAAAAUACCAAUGUCCAAACUGUGGUGAGAGUUUUAAGGAUGAAUCAAGCCUUCAUGAACAUGAGAAUACCCACAGGAGGGAAGCCUCAUAAUCUGAGAAUGUAGUCAGAGCUGCAGGUUCUGCAGAUGUCUUAUUUCAAAUCAAGGACUCCAAAUGGACCACAUUUCCUUAUGAGCCUCCCAACAUAUAUAGGUGAUCAGUUAACAUAUAGGAAAUCAGUUGUGUGAGAUUUUUAAGGCUAGGAAGGUGAUAGCAUGAAGAAGAGCUUUAGUGACUGUUUGAUGUGGAACUCAUGGUACUUGAUCAUUUUUUUGAAAAUGUCUUUGAAUGUAGCUAGAUAAAUGGAAAUUGAGCUUUUUCGUCUAUCAGAUCAAAGGCAACCAUCUUUCUUUCCUUUGCACUGGAGUCUUCUCAUCACAGAGUAAACAUCUAAAUACUUGGAUAACAAUGAGGACUCUUCUGAUAACGGAGCUGAAUCACCAUUUAGGCGAUUAGGUUAAGUGGACCCAACAUGGUGCUCUCCAGGAGAUGUCAGAUUGCAACUCCCAUGUUCUCUAACCAUUGGUUAUGCUGGCUGGGACUGAUGGAAGUUGUAAUAGUCCACCAACAUCUGCCUGGAGGGCAGCACAAUGGGAUUUCCUGGGUAAGAAUCUUGAAUCCCCACAGAAGGGGAAAGGAGGGAAAUAUUGGAAAGGCUUCUUGGCAUCUCCAUAACUCAGUUGUUAAUAUAAACUGGUACAGUAGCUGUUGCUGCUUUUUAGAUUGUUUUACCACUAUGUUUGCUUACUAAUAAAAGUGAGUGGGUUUUCCCCCCCGUG